AUGCAGGUUCAUUUGAUUGCAUUGACACUUUUGUGCUUAUAUAUCGUGUCGGCCACUGUACCGUACCCAAGUACUUGUGAUCCAACAGCGAAUAGCGUUCCAUGCUCAAGCAGCAUCUAUUGCAAAUGUUUGGCAUUAUUAGACGGAGGAUCUGUUUGUUCUCAAGAAAUGAGCCAUGCUUAUGCAACACAUUGUGAUGCAAAUAAUCCAUGCCAGAAGAACGGAACAUAUUGUGUAAUUGAAACUCGAGAUGGCGGAGGAACUUUCUGCCAUGAAGCUGAGAUGUUUGGUCCAACGCUGUGUCCAGCAGUUGUCGCCAACGGUAGUGCAGCUACUUAA